ACGUCGCCCGGCCGCGGCUCGGGCCCUGGGUCAGCAGCCACCGGGCUGGCGGGCGUCCGGGCGGGACAUGGCGGGUUGUGCAGCCCGGCGGGCCCUGGCUGUGGGCACUCGUUGGUGGUCCCGGUCGUUGACGGGAGCCCGCGGGCCGAGGCCGUUCUGUGCGGCGCGGGGAGCAGGGGCCUUCCUUCCAGCGGCGACCACGACGGCGCGGAGGCAUCUCUCGUCCCGAAACCGACCAGAGGGCAAAGUGCUGGAAACAGUCGGUGUGUUUGAGGUGCCGAAACAGAAUGGAAAAUAUGAGACUGGGCAGCUUUUCCUUCACAGUGUUUUUGGCUACCGAGGAGUCGUCCUGUUUCCCUGGCAGGCCCGACUCUAUGACCGCGAUGUGGCUUCUGCAGCUCCAGAAAAAGCAGAGAACCCCGCUGGCCAUGGCUCUAAGGAGGUGAAAGGCAAAACCCAUACUUACUACCAGGUGCUGAUUGACGCCCGUGACUGUCCACAUAUAUCCCAGAGAUCUCAGACAGAAGCUGUGACUUUCUUGGCUAACCAUGACGACAGCCGGGCCCUCUAUGCUAUCCCUGGCCUGGACUAUGUCAGUCACGAGGACAUCCUCCCCUACACCUCCACCGACCAGGUUCCCAUCCAACACGAGCUCUUUGAAAGGUUUCUCCUGUAUGACCAGACUAAAGCACCCCCCUUUGUGGCUCGGGAGACACUGCGGGCCUGGCAAGAGAAGAACCACCCCUGGCUGGAGCUUUCUGACGUCCACCGGGAAACAACGGAGAAUAUCCGUGUCACGGUCAUCCCCUUCUACAUGGGCAUGAGGGAAGCUCAGAAUUCCCACGUCUACUGGUGGCGCUACUGCAUCCGCCUGGAGAACCUCGACAGUGACGUGGUGCAGCUCCGGGAGCGGCACUGGAGGAUAUUCAGCCUCUCUGGCACCUUGGAAACAGUGCGAGGCCGAGGCGUGGUGGGCAGGGAACCAGUGCUAUCCAAAGAGCAGCCGGCAUUCCAGUAUAGCAGCCACGUCUCCCUGCAAGCUUCCAGUGGGCACAUGUGGGGUACGUUCCGCUUUGAGAGACCUGAUGGUUCCCAUUUUGAUGUCCGGAUCCCACCCUUCUCCCUGGAAAGCAAUAAAGAUGAGAAGACACCACCCUCAGGCCUUCACUGGUAGGCCAACUGAGGCCGAGAGCCUGGCCCAGCUCACCAGAGGAACAUGUCUCAUCCCGCACUUGCUGCAGACUCUUCUCUCCUGGUUGCGGGCCACACUGAGUCUCUUAAUCUUUUGCACCAUUUGAUCCUGGGGCCCUUUGGGGAUGCAGUUGUUUUCUUUGGAAAACCCAUGUAGGACUCCUCCAAGGCUGGCCUAUUUAUAAACCCUGUCUACACUGUGUUCCAGUAAACUUUCCACCAUGGAACUAUUGAGCUGCCACAGGACUGUAGGAGCUUCCUGGCCUGUCACAAGUUGUCUGGAACAUUAAGUUUGGUCAAUAAACCAGUGCACGCUUGGCCACCCUUGCGGUUUGUGCCCCUAGGGCCCAGGGCUGCCUCAUGGCUCAGUGGAGGCUCUUGGUUCUUUUCCAUGUUGCCCUUCCAGGGAGCUGUCCCCUCUGUGGGGUUGUGUCGGUUUCCUUGGCUGGUCAACUCCCAGGGGGCACUAGGAGCUGUCAGGGAUGUGCUUGUUCUUCACCUCUGCAAGGACACAGGGAGACCAGCAUCAGGGCCAUACAUUCAGCCUCUCUGGCAUCUUGGAAACAGUGAGGCAAGUGUGCCAUCCUUGGCUCUGACCACCCAUAGGCCUCUCAGCCUCGCUGGGCCUGAGAGGAGUGCAGCCAGCCAGCGGGCUUCCGGAAGCAGUGUCUGUCCAGCAUCCAGGCCAAAAACGUGGGAAUUCAGCCAAGGACAGUGACUGAGCCAAGCUGCUGUCACAUCUCCAAGAGCCAGAGAAGAAUUGCGCUGCAUUUUGUUCUGAUUCUUAGAAGUCCUACUCUGCAGUGAUUGUUAAAGAGAUAGUUUUAUUCUUGAAAUUAAAUUGGUUCUAGCCCUU